AUGGAGGCAAAAAUGGAGAUUGGGUCGAGAGACCAACCACCCAAACAUGAAGAAAAACUGGAGAAUGGGUCGAGAAAAUGGCAUUUUCAUGGGAAACAAGAGCUGAAUAGAGCUUCUUCAUUAUCUGUUCGAGGUAUUCUUAAGGCGAUAACUGACAAUCUCAAUGAAGCUGAUCAAAGGCCGACCAUUAUGCUUGGCCGUGGAGAUCCCUCAGAGUAUCCGUGUUUUCGAACCACGCCAAUUGCCGAAGACGCCCUUGUUGAUGCGAUUCGCUCUGCUAAAUUCAACUGUUAUGCUCCUGCCAUUGGUAUUCUGCCAGCAAGAAGGUAA